UGUGCUUGUUCUUGGCAUUUUGAUGUAUUCUUGACGACUUGACUUCACGUCAAGAGGUGGCUUCUGUUCUGCGGACCGACCGUUUGCUCCCUCAGGGAUGUAGUAUUUCGGUGAAUGUCCGACAAAUCAGCGCGCUCAAAGGCUACCCCGAAAUAUCUGCUGGGAGCAUGCGAUCCCUGGCUCCGACAGUUGCGACUGUUCAGCCUCUGGGAGGCUGCCAUUCUCGCCCCAGGUUUUCCACUUUCACGCCCCCCCCCUUUCACCCGAGCCUCCCUCGCCUCCCCGAGUCGUCCCCGGACGCGUCUGACCGUUUGGCUUCUGGAGAGGGAAAGGUAGUUCUGCUCAGUCGAUCCUGCUCGAAUUGCGGGGUAGCAAGAGGCCGCGAUCAAAAGCGGCCGCCGCCACUACACUGGUUGAGGGCCGGUCCUGUACCGGUACUGAUUUACGUAUCGUCAUUACCAUACGUGCCGAGACCACGGCAGGAUAGUGGUAGAUCAUCGGUCAAUCCCUCCCUUCCGAGGAGCUUGUACGAUGGCGUUGAUAGACAGGCAGAGGGAGGAGGGGCAGUCGGACAGACAGGUAGUCGGGCCGCUGGACUGACAAUUUCAAACCUUUCGGUCGAGGGAGUCAGGAAAGGCCAAGGAAGUGACCGCCCACAGAUUCAUCUCGUCUAACUGCACAAACCCACGUCCCGGCUCCGAAUCCGAACAGCCUGGCGGCUGUUGGUUGCAUCCUGCUCCCUCCUCCACA